AUGAAGAAAGAACUUGCAUGGCCGCAAUUCAUAAAAAAUCAUUUGAUCAUGGUUGGAUCAAGACCCCGGUCACACUUAAAGAGGCCUAAUUGGAUUAUUGUUUUAGUUUUCAUAGUGUUUUUUUUUCUCGUUGCUGCUUAUAUUUAUCCGCUGCGGAGUCCUUCCUCAACAUGUUCUUUCUUUAACUCUCAAGGUUGUAGUUUUGAUGGUAGUGGUAGUACGUAUAGUCAGCCACCGCCUGUACAGGCCCGGCAAUUAACGGAUGCAGAGGUUGAAUCUCGGGUUGUUAUUAACGAAAUUCUUAAGUAUUAUCCUGUUCAAACCAAGGUCCCUAAAGUUGCUUUUUUGUUUUUGACUCCGGGUUCAAUACCUUUCGAGAAACUCUGGCACAUGUUCUUCCAGGGCCAUGAAGGCAAAUUCACUGUCUAUGUACAUGCAUCCAAGGAAAAACCGGUACAUGUCAGCUCCUAUUUUGUUGGUCGAGACAUCCACAGUGAACCGGUAACUUGGGGAAAAGUUUCAAUGGUUGAAGCUGAAAGGAGACUUUUGGCAAAUGCGCUUUUAGACCCUGAUAACCAACAUUUCGUCUUGUUGUCUGAUAGUUGUAUUCCGGUGCGCCGCUUUGAUUUUGUGUACAACUACUUGCUAUUAACAAGUGUAAGCUUUAUUGAUAGCUAUGUGGAUCUUGGUCCUCAUGGAAAUGGCAGGUAUGUAGAACGUAUGUUGCCUGAAGUAGAAAAGAAAGAUUUCCGAAAGGGUUCACAGUGGUUCUCCAUGAAACGGCAGCAUGCUAUAAUAACUAUGGCAGACAGCCUAUAUUUUACAAAAUUCAAACAUCAUUGCAGGCCGAAUAUGGAGGGAAACCGCAACUGCUAUUCCGAUGAACAUUACUUGCCAACCUUUUUUAAUAUGGUUGAUCCAGGCGGAAUCGCGAAUUGGUCGGUAACAUAUGUUGACUGGUCUGAAAGAAAAUGGCAUCCCAGGUCAUUCAGGGCUCAUGAUAUUACUUAUCAACUUAUGAAAAAAAUAGCAUACAUUGAUGAAAGUCCACAUUAUACAAGUGAUGCAAAGAAAACUGUGGUGAUUACACCCUGUGAACUAAACGGCUCAAAACGAUCGUGUUAUCUAUUCGCCCGGAAGUUUUAUCCAGAAACUCAAGAUAAAUUGAUUAAACUUUUGUCAAACUCCACAACAUUCUAA